UCAAUUUUCUCUCUAUUGAAAAAUGUCAGGCCGCGGUAAGGGAGGGAAGGGUUUGGGAAAGGGAGGAGCCAAGAGGCAUCGUAAGGUUCUUAGAGACAACAUCCAAGGUAUUACGAAGCCAGCCAUUCGUCGUCUGGCCAGAAGAGGCGGAGUCAAGCGUAUCUCCGGUCUGAUCUACGAGGAGACAAGAGGCGUACUCAAGAUCUUCCUCGAGAAUGUUAUCCGUGAUGCUGUCACUUACACUGAGCAUGCUCGCAGGAAGACUGUGACCGCCAUGGAUGUGGUUUAUGCCCUCAAGCGUCAGGGAAGAACCCUGUACGGUUUCGGCGGCUAGGGUUUUAACCCUUUUAGUUUUGUAAAUCGAUUUGAUGCCUUUUUUCUUAUAAAAUGCCGAAAAAUCUAAUUCGCUUGAACUUUGAUGAUUUGAUCAA